AUGGACUCCAUUAAGCCAAAACGUCAACGACGUAGCUAUGCCUGCGGUCCGUGCAAGUUGUUAAAGAUCAAGUGCGACUUGCAAACUCCGUGCAGUGGGUGCCUCAAGUUCAAGAGAGCUGAAAAAUGUUUGGAAGACCCACCCCAACCUCCGUCAGCAGAAGAAUUAUCCAAAACACUUGAGAGAAAGAAGAAGUCGAUGAACAGGAAGCAGCUGCUGCCGACAGACUCGACUUCUUCGGGAGAAACAAAGAGGGCCUACGGGCAGAGUCCACCAGACUCGCAGGACCACCAUCUACCAUCUCAUCCCCAGGGUGUUAUGCCACUGAUUGCUUCCUCGAUUGGCCAGUCGAGCCCGCAGCAGCCUAGUCCCUUGCCCAUAGUCAAUAACAAGUUGCCUCGAAUACAUCAUCGCCCAGUCCAUCAGGCGAGCCCUUCUGCAUUCCCUCAGCAGUACCCCUACCAGUACAGCCAGAAGUACCCAUACGUGCAUGCCCUUCCCCUGGCACCAUCUGGACAGGCUCCGAUAAAUUCCCAUCCGUCUCCUGCUUACCCUCAUCUUAAUGUUCACCAAAUACAACAGCAGCAGCAGCCACAACAACCGCCACUGCAACCGCAACUGAUGACCCAAAACAAGCCUGUUUACUUCCCUGCUCCCAUAAUCAGGUACGACUACCCAAACCAACCUCCAAUACCGGUGGGAGAUCCUAUAAUACCUCCUGCUCAACCAAAAAAACUUCACAAUAGGACAACUCUCCAUGAGUUUACAUUGUCUAUGACCUCUUCUGAUCUCACUACCUUGAUUGCUUUGUUUCCCUCAACAUUUGAAGAAUGCAAGAGCUUGGUGGAUAUUGCUAUUUCUAGCCAAAGUCCAUUGUUUCGCUAUGAUAAGGAUAUUCUAAUGGAAGAGUACACCAGGUUUAUCAACUUAUACAAAAACCAACAGGUGCUACAGCCACUAACAGAUUUCAAUAUACAUACUGCUAGAAACAUUAGUAUUUUAUUGGUUUAUUUGGCUGUUGGCUCUCUAUUCACAGGUAAGGAUCUUCUCUUGGAUAGAAUUGAGUUUGCCAAGCAUCUCAAGCUGAUACUCUCUAGAUAUGAUACAGUGGAAGAAAUUCAGUACUUGAUAGAUUUCUAUUUUUCAAUUAGAGACUAUUUUUAUCAACAAGAUUUGGUACUGGAGCAUUUCCUUGAAUUCAACCAAUUGUUGGGUUGCAUCUUAUUGAAUGAUGAAUUCAUGGAUUUAAUCACAGAGAGACCGAUAUAUUCAGCAAAUAGAUUGGCAAUAAGGUCAUGGACUAAACUAAGAGCGAUUCAGAUUGAAUUUCCCUACUUUGAAUCUAGGGGCACGUUGCUCUCUCUUUGGCAAUUCAAAGAUCUGAUUUUACCUCAUAGAGAAGUUAUAAACUAUGCAUUUUAUUGCGGAAAUGAUUCGGCUGCAUUUGCCCAUGAAGAAGUUAUGAUUGGGCCCGGAUUUGGACCCGAACUAGCCCAUGGCGCAACUAAAUUCUUCAUUGAUAUCUGGGCUGUAUAUUACAAAAGAGCUGAACAGUCAACUCUUAUUAAGGAUAUUGUUAGGUCUUAUUUGGAAUUAUAUGGUGAAGUAUAUAAUUUGACCAGUAAGGAACUAGCUAAAUAUGAAGCUAUGAAAAAGAGAAACGAUAUAUCUAGAGCUACAUUGACGCUGAAACUGAGUUUACUAAUGUUAAUCAAAAACCAAGUCACACUAUCGUUAUUCACUAGAUGGUUAAGUUUUGUCCGAAUUGAGUCAACUUACUUCCCUCUGUUGAGGUAUGCUUCCUAUAUCACCUCCAUACUUUCCCUUUUCAAUCACUUCCGAUUUGUAGCGGAACUGUGUCCAAACGAUGAUAUCAUCAAGCUUAUAUCCGAUGAGUUUGGGCUAUUUAUAUUCCAUUACUUCCAAAUUUGUAUGAUCUUCCAGGCUAUAUUCAAUGCCACACUAUGCAAUUUCUUAGACUUGCCCACUUCGAACAACAUCUUGAAUUUACAAGAAAUAUAUGAUAAAAAUUUGGACAACUUGAAAUUUACUGUGGAUAAUUUCAAAAGGUCUUCAAUUUACACCCAGUAUUUGAGUAAAGUCCAAACUCAUACUGCACCAAUCGGUAUAGUAGAAGUAUUGAUUGAGAUAGCACCUGGCUUAAUUAAGAAAAGAUGCAUGACUUUCCAUGAGUUCAUUGAAGUAAUCAAUAGCAAAUUCGAUUCCAAUAUGAGGAAGUUUAUUGUGCAAAGACAAUUUGGAUCUGAAGAUGCAUUUAAACGGUAUCUUGAAAAAGUUUGGGAUUUGUUCAGUUAUUUGACGAAAGAGGAACAAGGAAAGGAUAAAAUUAUGAUAACGAAGGAGUUAUACUUGGAUAUGGAUUUAAUUAAUGACUGCAAAGACAAGUUUAAUGGGAUAGUAUUCACUAAAAACCUAGUCAAUGAUUACAUGAGGGAUGUUUCCGAGCCCAACCUUGCACAAUCUUAA